GCAGAUUUGGACGAGAGGAUAAAGAUACUGGCAUCAAACAUGCCCGAAGAAGACAACAGUGACACCUUCGCUGGGCGUGCCGAGUCCUACUACAGAGAGCGUCCCCAGCUGCUGGCCCUACUCCAAGACCUCUACGAUGCUUACCUCCAUUUGGCAGACCGUUACAAUCAAACACUCGCCAAGAAUCAUCGUCGCCAACAUACUUCACCAAUCCCAACUAUCCAUUUCGACAACCAUUCUGAUCAAUUUGAUGAGGUAGAAGAUGGUAGUGGUGAGAUAGAUUCUGAUGUUGAGAGCUCAUUGUCAUUCCAACCACCAUUUCCCUAUCCAACCCGAGCCAAACCCGACGUUGAUAUGAUAGUGGCAGAGCUAGUUAUUAAAGCAGUGGACUAUGAGAUCCUAGUAAAUGAGCUCAGUGUAGUGGAUCAUAGAUCGAAUGAGUCAUUAAGGAAAACAGUUUUACAGAAGAGCUUGCUGGAGGUGUUGGAAUCAGAGAGGCUGAUACUGCUGAAUGAGAAUGCAAGGUUGGGGUACAGAGUCACAACAUUGGUGGAAGAGAAUAAAGGGUUAGUGUCGGAUUGUUUAGUAAUGAAGAGAAAGGCCAGUGAACUUGCGAGGUGUGUGUUGAAGAUGAGGGAAGAUCAUAGGGUAUGCAUGUUGAGUAAGAAAAUCGAGGAUCUUCAAGGACAAAUAUAUGGGUUGGAGAAGAGGAACAAAGAGUAUUAUGAGAAGCUUGUGAAGCAAGAGGGAGAGAAGAAGAGCAAGACCAAGAAGAUGGGGAAGAGUAAGAAUGGAGGAGAGGUGAUUUUGGAGGAUUGCUUUCAAGUGAAGGAAGAAGAAGUUGGUGGUGGUACUAUUGGCAAUGUGGUGAACCUAAAGGUUCGUCAGCAUGGACAUGGUGGUGGGGGCAAGAAGGUUACUAAGAUGUGGGAUUGGAUGAAAAAAUUCGAUAUGUUCCUCUGUGGACCCCAUUUCAAUUCUACUUGUUAGUUAAUCUAGAUGAAUAUGAAAGUAUAUGCUAGCAAUUCUAGUGCGCUACUUCUGUCCUUUUAUGUUUGGUAGUAAUAGCGUUUUGAGAUGCCCAGUUUAAUUUCCAAAAAACAUAAACUUAAAGCCAGUCUCUUACUAUAUCUUCUCUUCAACUGCGAUAACUAUAUCUUUUACUCUAGUUUCAUCCUUUCGAUGGAUAAGAUAUCUGCAA